ACUCGCCUCAGCCCAAUGCCUCUACAUUCAACCUGUGCCUUCCGCCACCUUCUCUUCACACCAUUGCAUUAACUGCAACGCCAAAGAAGGAGAGGUGGAGCGAGACGAAAUAUUACAAAAAUGCUGAUUGCAUUACUCCGAGGAUAGAACCACCACUGUUCCAUUCAACCCAAUGAAAUCCAGAUGUACCAUCGACUGCAAAAGAUAAAUGCCUCGUGUUGAUGCGCCGGUUGCAUGCUAAAAUAGUUGGUUAUUUACAAUAACCGAGAAGUAGAUCUACGAGAAAUUGCUGGAUCAGACUGCAAGUGGAUUAAAAGAUUCCGUGGACGCAAAUGGUGUGAAACUAAUGUCUACAUGGUAAUAUAAGCAAGAAGAUUAAUGGGUUGGAUCGGAGAGGCCAUAUUACGUCUUUUCAAGUCAUGACUAAUGGAUAAUAAAAACUAACCCACAUCAUAAUUUGGAGGUAAUUAAGCCACUUCGAAACUAGCUGAUCAGAAAUAUGCCAGUUUCCUAAUGGGUUGAGGUUGAUGGCUAGCCAAGGCUUCCAUGGUUAGAAAGAAACAGAAUCUGCCAACCACUAAGCACACACUACUAUCCCCAAGGAGAAUGGAUGAUGGACUAGGAAGAACGGCUUUAGGAUUUCCAUCCUUCCAUCACUUUACCUAUCCAUGGCUGCUCCAGUUUCUGUGGAAUGGGAAUGGAAUACUUCCACUCCAGAACGACAGCAAAGAAUUUCUCCUACGUCGAUGUUCUACAAUAAUAGUCUGGCGUCUACAGACAGGGAUCUUGUUUCACAAUCUAUUGGUCUCUUCUUGAUGCUACUUGUUGACUUAGUUGGGAUCGUUGGAAAUGUUGCCGUGAUGCUUGUAAUUAUCAAGACUCCAUUAUUCAAAAAAUUUGUCUUUGUUUUCCAUCUAUGUUUAGUGGACCUGACAGCUGUCUUAAUCCUAAUGCCCUUAGGGAUGGUAUCCAGCUCUGCUCUGUUUGAUGACAUAGAGUUCAGUGACACCUUGUGUCAGAUAUAUCUAUUCCUAAGCAUGUUAUUCAUUAGUGCAUCUAUAUUAUCUAUCCUGGCCAUUAAUGUCGAACGAUACUACUAUAUAGUACAUCCGAUGAGAUAUGAAGUAAGAAUGACACUAAAGCUGGUGAUGUCUGUCAUUAUAUGCGUGUGGAUCAAAGCCAUCUUAAUGUCAAUAAUUUCAAUUUUGGGCUGGAAUUCCCAAGGCCGCGUGAACAAUCAGUGUUCCUUGCAAUGGGAUGGAGAGAUGUACAGAAAGGUCUUCAUAUCUUUCUUUGGCCUGUUUUAUUUUUUGUUCCCGGUCUUAAUUAUUCUGAUAGUCUACUGCAACAUGUUCAAGGUGGCCAGGGUGGCAGCAAUGCAACACAGACCAUUGCCCACAUGGAUGGAUACACCACGGCAGAGGUCAGAGUCACUCAGCAGUAGGUCCACCAUGGUCACCAGCUCUGGAGCACCAAGAGGAUCUCCACAAAGGACAUUUGGAGGGGGAAAGGCAGCUGGCAUCCUCAUCUUGGUUGGGGGCCAGUUUGUGUUUUGCUGGCUGCCAUUUUUUGCUUUCCACUUGCAUUCUGCUAUGACCCCAAAUUCAAUCAGGCCGAACCUCUGGGAGACAAUUGUUACUUGGGUCGGAUAUACCUCCUUUAGUAUUAAUCCCUUCUUUUACGGAUGCCUCAAUCGACAGAUCCGAGGGGAACUAAGCAAACGCCUCACCUGUUUCUUUAAACAGACAAUGGAAGAGGAUCUCCGGAUACCCAGCCGAGAAGGGUCUAUUGAGGAGAAUUUCAUGCAAUUUCUGCAGAGGACAGGUUGCAACACAGAAACUAGGUCCAGCUACGAUGCUUCCAGUCCAAAGUUAGACCAGUCAGUCCUGGGUUUCAGGAUACCUGGUCAGAUUGCGGAAGAAACAUCAGAAUUCCUUGAACAGCACAUAGCCACUGACUUUACGAUGUCCAAUAGUUGUAUUAGAAUGAGCAGGUCACCGAAACACGAUGCUAAUAUAUGCGAGUAAAGUUAACCAAAUCAUUUAAAGUGAAAUUGUUCAACCUCUCAUGAUUGUUUCCAGAAAUAAUCCGAACCAAUGGGAAGCCAUGUAUUUUACUGUCUUUGUUUUGAUAUUCUUUGUCUUAUUUGAUUGAGAUUUCAAAUUUCAUUUCAAUUUCUAAUUCUUGCCAACAGGGAUAAAAAAACUAUCACAUUUGAAUAGGUUUUCUAUA